AUGGGCCUCACCGAUCGCCGCCGCGCGAUCGUCAUCUUCGGCGACUCCCUGACGCAGCGCUCGUUCCAGCCCGCGGGAUGGGGCGCCGCGCUGGCGAUGAGAUACCAGCGCCGAGUCGACGUGAUCAACCGCGGAUACGGCGGAUACAACUCGCGGUGGUGCCUCGCGAUGGUCGACGAGCUCUUCCCCGCGUCCGCGCGCGGACGCGACAAACCUCUCCUCGUGACGGUCAUGCUCGGCACGAACGACGCGGCGCUGCCGGAGGUCGAGCCCGCGCCGACGGUGCCGCUGGAAGAGUACCGAUCGAAUCUGGACGCGAUCGUGGCCAAGCUGAAACAGCGCGCGGAGCACGUCGUCGUCAUGACGCCGCCGUGCAUGGACGAGCCCGGGAGGCUCGCGUACCAGAGAGAGACGUACCAGGACGACGCGGUCGGGAGGCUCGAGCGCACGAACGCGAACACGCGCAGGUACGCGGACGCCGCGAUGGCGGUCGCGAUGCUUCACGGCGUCCCGUGCGUCGAUCUGUUCGCGUCGACGUCGGACGCGUUGGAAUCCGCCGCGGCGUCGACGGACGGUCCGACGACGCUGUUCGACGACGGCAUCCACUUCAACGCGCUCGGGCAGGAGGUGGUGUACGCGUCGUUGGUCAGAGUCAUCGAGUCCGCGCCGGGGUUGGAGGAUCUCGACCCGGAGAAGAUGCCCCCGGACUGGCCGUUCGGGCCGGACCUGCGCGCGAACCCGGACGCAAACGCGGGGGAGGCGGCCGCGGCGGCGUCGCGUCGCCGCGGUCGAGCGUGGACUGGGAGGGCGCGAGGGGGUGGAUCGUCGCCGCGGGGAUGA